AUGGCCGAGUCUCCAUCGGGCUCGAGUCAAUUCUCGGCCAGUCGCGAAAUCCCUUUUGGAGUGGCUCUCUUCUUCUCAAGUGACUCUGGAGAGAAAAGACAUGCUCGUUUACUGAGAGGAGAGCUGAGCGGCCUCGAUGAUCAGUGUAUGUGGAGAGAAAAAUCGAAGACAACAGAGAGACGUCCUUAUAUAGCGGUUUCGGGGUUUCAGGGCAAGGUAACAUGCAUGAUGCAAUGCAAAACGCCGUUUCUGAUGAUUGGGCAGCAUAGAGUCGACCUUGGGGAAGAGGAGGGGGAGCAGUUUCAAGAAAAGAUACGACCACCAAGCAAACAGGGGAUUUCCCCUACCCCAUAA